AUGGCGCGAUACCGUAAUACGUAUAACACAAAGAGAACGCUUCGCCGAUCACCAAAAAUGGUGCUGGUAUCGGCCGCACGUGAUUAUGUAAACCGGAUGUUGCAGGACAUCUCCGGCAUGAAGGUUCUCAUUCUUGAUUCUCAAACGGUUAGUAUUGUAAGCGUUGUGUAUUCACAAUCAGAGUUACUUCAAAAGGAAGUAUUUUUGGUAGAAUUGGUAGAUUCUAUAUCGAAGUCGAAAGAAUCAAUGUCACAUCUUAAAGCAGUUUACUUCCUUCGGCCAAUAUCAGAAAAUAUUCAGAAUUUGCGGCGUCAGCUGGCAAAUCCUAGAUUCGGAGAGAGUCAUUUAUGUAAGUUCUUAUUGAAGUGUUUGGAGUUUCGGUAA